UGGAAAACCCAGAGGUUGGUUGAUCAACGGCGAUCUCGUUUUGCUCGCCAAUGUCGUCCCCAGAGAAGAGGAGGAGGAAGAAGAAGAAGCCGUCGCCUGUACUCCCGCAAUCGACGACUCCAAAUCCUUCGCUUCCAGAUGAUUUGAUAUUGAGCUGCUUAGCACGAGUCUCGAGAUUGUAUUAUCCAGCUCUCUCCCUUGUCUCCAAGAGUUUCCGCUCGCUUAUCGCAUCACCGGAGCUAUACAAGAUCCGGUCCUCGUUAGAACGCACCGAGAGCUGUCUCUAUGUGUGUUUAAAGGACCGAGAUGAUGACCUAAACCCUCUAUGGUUCACUCUCUGCCGGAGACCCAAUCGACCUCUAACCAGUGAUCUCACUGAGAAGAAGAAGAAGAAGAAGAAGAAGAAGUCUAGAGGGUACGCUUUGGCGGCAAUCCCAGUUCUCCCUUCUCGUGGUGUGCACUGGUCGGGUCUCGUUGCGGUUGGUUCUAAUAUCUAUAACAUUGGCGGACCCAUCGACCAAGCACAUUCGUCUCGCGUCUCGAUCUUGGACUGCCAGUCUCACACGUGGCAGGAGGGUCCAAGCAUGCGGGUAGAGCGGAAUUAUCCAGCCGCCAAUGUGCUUGAUGGAAAGAUAUAUGUGACAGGAGGCUGCAAAGACUGCAGCAAUUCAUCCAACUGGAUGGAGGUUUUUUCUCCUCAUACCCAAACUUGGGAGCCUGUCUCAAGCCCUGGUGCCGAGAUUGGUGGUUGUGGUAUACAUCAAAGCGCAGCGGUUGAAGGAGAGAUCGUUAUUGCAAACUCUAAUGGUUUGGUUUAUAAACCGAAGGAAGGUAGAUGGAGAAGGCUGGAAUUGGAGAUGCAUUUAGGUUGGGUAUGGUAUUCCUAUUGCGUUGUUGAGAACGUGCUUUACUAUUAUUAUGAGGGAGAGUUUAAUUGGUAUGACACUAAGGUCAGACUCUGGAAGAAACUGAAGGGUGUGAAAGGACUGCCUAGGUUUGCCAGAUGUGGUGGAAAGAUGGCGGAUUAUGGUGGGAAGAUGGCUGUUUUCUGGGACAAGAUUAUCACUUCCAAUGGGUGUAAGAACAAGACGAUUUUGUGCGCGGUGAUUGCGCUUGAAAGGCGCAGUGAAGAGAUUUGGGGGAAGGUCGAGUGGCAUGACGCAGUGCUUACGGUUCCCUUGUCAUAUAAAGUGGUCUAUGCUCUUUCCCCUACCGUUUGAUGAAUGAUAAUACGAGACAAACUUGAAUGUCGUGAAUCUUUGGUGGUUGGUUGUGGGUAUUAUUGUGUCAUGUUGUUGGAUGAUUGCUUCUUGUGUUUUUAGCGUUAAGGUAUAGUCAUUGGCAGCAUAUCAUCUGUAAACCUUUCAUGCUUUUAGCUUACUUUAGUGCUGCUAUAGACCUUUGUAACUCUGUUUUGGUUGAAUAGAAAGUUCUUUUCUUUCA